AUGGUCAUUGAUGGGUUCAUGAUUCAACGCACGAAGUCACCACGUGACAGCGCCCAGUUCUUGCUGCGCCUCACUGAAUACCUUAAGGCUAUGGUUGGGAGACGUCAGGUGAACGGAAUCACUUUUGAAUGUCUUCAAGAAAUAUCGAGAAAGGCUCGCCCUGAAUCAGUGAAGGACACAUGGACACGGCAGUUAAUGGUGUGCCCAGGAAUGUCAUCGGAUCGAGCACAGAUUGUUGCCAAUCGUUUCCCUUCGAUGAUGUCAAUGAUGCAGUUGUACUCCUCUUCACAAGCAGAUCAAAAGAAUUUGGUGCUUUCGUCUGCGAUUCCCGGGAUCAGUCAAGCUCUCAGCGUGCAAAUGAGCAAGUUUUUUUCAACGGUACUUUAG